AUGCAGUCUCAACUUGAAAGUGAACAUUUAGCAUUACGUACCAAUAUUAUUUCAAUUGAUCGACCAGAUUCAUCACAGCUUGUUGAUCUUCAUGUUUAUAUAAUACCAAAAAAUGUUUGGAAAAAUCGUCAAAAUUUAGCAGAAAAUGAAACAAUGGAACAAGCUAUAUCAGCUGGUUUUGUUCAUGUGCCACAAAAUUUGACUAUACAUGAGCUACGUCAAAAUAUUCUUAAAAUUUGUGGUCAAGAUGAUCAAUUUCCAAGAGAUUUUAUUUAUCUAAGAAGUGUUGGUCGAUGUUUAACUAAAGUAAAACCUCAACAAGAAACAGAUCUACGAGUGAAAAAUUAUCGACCACCGAUGACAUUUGCACCGGAAAUUUAUAUUCUGGAAGGACAUCAUGAUGAUGAAUCCUCAACACCAACCAAUGCAAAAAGUUAUCUUUUUCGUGAAUCACCUAUUCAUCGAUCGUUAAUGACUCCAUUACAGUUGACUACAAGUCGUCAACAAAGUUGGACUAAACCUAUUGUUGCUCCACCACUACCAUUAUCAACAAUAACAUAUCGGUCAUUAGUUCAUUCUGGUGAUCGAAAAAACUCAAUAAAUCUUAAUGAACCUGCUCUUUCCUCAUAUUCAAACUUUUCAACAGCUUCCGGUACACUUACUGCCAGAGAGUUAGCAAAAUUAAGAGAAGAACAAGAACGUCUUCGUUUACGUCAAAUUGAAUUAGCUCGACAACGACGUGAAAUCGAACAAGAACAACAAAGACGUGAAAAAGAAUUACUUGUAAAAAAAGAAAAUCGAUUUCGAGAACAACGACAAAAAGAAGAAGAAGAAGAAGCAGCUGUUCGAAUUCAAGGAGCCUAUCGAAAUUAUCGAAAUCGACGUAAAUUAAAAGAACAAAAACAACGACACACUGAAGACAAUGUACAUCAUGAUAAUCAAAGAAUAUCGAAUUUUGUUAACUAUCGAGGAUUGUGGUCACCAGAACCAGACGAACGACGAAUACCAUCGUCGAUUGAACAGAGAAAUGUACAUUCAACACCAUUAGAUAGGUAUCGAAAAUGGCGAAAUGAACAUCAAUGGUCAGCGUCAUCUUCUGUUAAAAGCGAAAAUAUCAACACAAAAAAAUCUGAUGCCAAUCAGUCUUUUGGCUUUUCUUCUUUCAGACAUGCUGCUAAUGAACUUGAACGUUUACAAAAAGAAGCGCGUGAGUUAGCUCGUCGUAAAGCUGAAGAAGCACAUGCUGAAGAACUCAAUGCUCAUGAUGUUGUGCAACUUUCAAAUCAUCUUCAAGAACUAAAAACAAAACGUACUGCAUUGGAAGCAGCUCGUGAAACCAUUAUUCGUCAAAUGCAACAGUUACAUGCUCAAAUUGCUGUUCGUCGAAAAGAAGAAAGAGAUGUAUGGAAACAAAGAUAUCUUAUAGAAAAGAAAAAAACAGCUGCACUUGAAGAACGAGGUCGACUGACAUUGAAUGAACAAUCAGAUAUAAAUACUGAACUUGAACAAGCUAAAAUUCGUUUGAAUAAUAGCACAAAACUUCGACAACAAGCCGAAAAUGAAUGUCAGCUUUUGAGAGAAGAAUUACAAAAAAUUCGUUCAAAUAUGAAUAAUUUAGAAAACCAACCAUUAUCAAAAGAACCAUCUCCUGUACAACAAAAACAGCAAACUAUACCAAUUUCUCUUGACAUUACAUUGCAAUAUUAA